CUCUUGAAAAUAAAUAGAAAAAUGAUCUGCAUUAGCAGUGUAAUAUAUAGGUCAAUAAUAUUGACUCACACAAGUUUAUGAGUUGAGGCAUUACUGUCAGAGCAUAUCAGAGUUUCCCCAAAAUCAAUUUGGAGUUAACUGUUGAGUAAAUGUAGUUCUGAUUAGAAAUAAAAAAUUUAUUUUACAUUGUACAGAUACUGUAUAUAUUUGUAAAGUGUUUCGUAAUAAUAAUGUAUUAAUUCUGGGAUGAAUUAAAAACAGGGAGAUAACUUAACCUAACAUAACCUAUUGUCUCUGUACAUAAUUUCAAAACAAAUAUGAAUAUACGAGUUUUUAGCAAAAUAGUAACGGAUCUUGCAAUUGGCAGAAGAAAACUGCACACGACUGCGAGUCUGUCAUGUUUCAUGCAAAGAGACAGAAAAUCUGGUUACAAAACGUUGUAUGACAAACCACCAUUGGAACAGAAUUUGAGUAUCUUCGGUAAAUUACGUGAAGGAUACCGGCAAUUUAAGGAAGAGUUUGGUAUUUUCCUGGAGGAAGUGAGGGAACAAUUGAGAAACGAUCCUACUUUAUUAUACAGACUGAAUGAAAUUGAUGUUGUGUGGCGAUUUCGGAACAAUCCAAAGGCGUUGGAUCAGUGGGUCACCACGUGUGAUAGCGAUUACAACGAAGGCUUUUCGACAGCCAAAUUAGAGUUAUCUUCUACUGGCACUGGAGUAUUUUUUGGCACGAUAAACAAUCGUUUGCCCAAGGAUGGAAAAGUUAAAUAUGCCGGUUACUGCAACAUCAACAGUGUACCCAAACGAAGGUCUUUCAAGCGCGAGGUUUACCAUGAUUGGACGCCAUAUACCCAUCUCGUCCUUCGUAUCAGAGGAGAUGGCAGAUGCUACGUACUGAAUAUUGCCACCAGAGGCAUGUUCGAUUUGACCUGGAAUGAUGUGUAUCAUUACGUGCUCCAUACCAGAGGCGGACCUUACUGGCAAUACGUCAGGGUACCGUUCUCUAAGUUCGUAUUUUCGAGUAAAGGGAGGCUGCAGGAUAAUCAGAAUCCAAUUGAUCUGUUUGAGGUUUCGAACUUUGGUAUAUCACUAGCGGACGACGUUUCCGGCCACUUUAGAUUAGAAAUUGAUUAUAUUGGCUUAGAAUUCGACAAAUUCCACAGAGAAGAGUUUGCUUAUGAAUCUUACAAUGUUUCAGACAUCAGAUUCUAGUAGGUAAAUACAAAACACAAUAAAGACAAUAUAAAAAAUGUAACUAUGUUGUUACUAUCUGUGCAGUGACAGAAUAGUAAAAAAAAAGUAAUAUACAUUGUACAGUGUGAAUAAAAUAAACUUCUAUUUAAUUUAUUUGGCAAACUUGAAAGGGCAAAGAACUUGUUUGCCACUAUAUUUACUUCUGAAGAAAAGCCAUAGAAUAUAAUAUUAAAAUUAUAAACAAUUUCUGUGGCUUUUCCUUUUGGAUGUUUGUUCUUGAAAAUACAUUCUUAUUUUUCUGGAGUAUAAUUGUAAUAACAUAUGUAGAGCAAGUCAUUAGAUAUUUUUAUGAAUUCUUUUUCGAAUAUAUUAAAUUAUUGAUUGUCAGGAAAAAAUUUUUCAGUGAUCUUUCUUUGUUAGAUUUUAGGACAGAAUUCUAUUUAUAUAACCUCAUAUGUCAUAUAUACAUUUUAAUCUAUACAUAUAUUUUUAUUUUUAUUUGACAUGUGUAUUAUUUUGAUUCUUCGAAAAUUUUCCAUAUUACCAUGGCACAUUAAAAUUAUUAGUUAUAAAUAGAAUUCUAUACCGAAAUCUAACGUGUAUUAUAGAUCGUUUAAAACUAAAUUGAAUGAAUAUGUAAGCAUACAUUCGCGCAUGUAUGUAUUGCUACAUACAAAUAUAAAUUUUAUAUUGAAUAAAAUGUAAGUAAAUUAUUGGGAAGAAUAUUUUGGAUUUAUCAGCUUUUGUACUUAUUUUUUUAUCAUUUAUGUAAAAAAUAUGAAAAAUACGCAUAAAAAAAAA